GCCGGCAGGGGUGCCUGUUGUCGGGCCCGGGGCCGGUGCACGGAGGGGGCAGCCCGCAAGGCCUCGCCUCAGCCGGUGGCGGGGCCGCGGCCUGUUGUAGGCAAAGUUCUCACUCACCUGCGUGCUUUUCUUGGCUAAACGGUGGCUUUCGCCGUCACGGUGUCCUGUACGAAUCCAGGGGUGCAAGGGACUUGUGAAAAUGUAAACGCAGCCCGAUGAAAUCAUCUAAUUCCGGACGUCUUGCUGGCCUUUCACCGCGUUCCUUGUCAGGCACACGCUCCCUCUGGCAGCUUGCCCGGUGAGGGUCGGUGCAUACCAUCAGUGGAAAGCACAGAAUGAAUUCUUCAGGUACGAAGUAUAUUUCAGUUUCUUCUCCAAGCACUUACGACAUGAGUAAAAAACCUUUUCCUCAAAGAGUACUCACGCACCCACAGUUUCAUCCUGCACAUUGGAAAAAGACCUCCGAAAGUGAAGGGGGCUUUGCCUCCGACUCCCAAGGGUCCGAUUCCGAAAGCCUUGUUCAAGAGAGACAAUAUCAGCUGGAACUCCAGCAGCGAAUUCGUGAAAAUGAAGAGUUGGUAGGACUGUAUGCUGAUGAGUUGGAGAGUGACAGCUUAGAAGAAGAAGAUAGCUUGGAGGAGAUGAGUUUAAGAGAACAAGGAGUUAAGUAUGACACAAAUCAAUAUACAAAUGGAACACAAGAGAAAGAGAGUAAUGGAAGGGAGCAGCAGUCUGUAGACAAAUAUUUCAGCCUAAGGUACAAUCCUAACUGGAAGAACACAAAAGCGGUAGCAGAAUUUCCUGAGACAGAAAAACCACAUCACGUUGCUGGAGGAGGCAGUGUGGACUUUUCACAGGAUUCAUUUUACCUCCAUUCCAGUGGCUCUCCAGAAGAAAAGAAUCAACUGGAGGCAAAGUUGCAGGAUUCGUUUUCUGAGUUUGGUUCAGAAUUACUAAGCUUUCAUGAACCAAAUGCCUUCAUCAGCAGUGAGCCUUUUAGGUUACAUACCAGAGGGAAGGAAUCUGCAGAUGGCUGUUAUUUCAGGCAUAGUCCCAGUGCGCACAGCAGUGCUUUUUCUCUUCAGAUUCAAGAAAAUCAACCCCAAAGAGCAAAAAAAGACUUCGUGGAGAAAAAUAAACGGACUUUGGGAUUACGUACAGACAAGAAAAAUUCGUAUCUUCAGUUACACAGCAAAAAGCAAGGAGAAGUUCUUCAAGAGCAGGUUGCAGAUGCUAAAACUGUUGAUAAGGAGCCAGAUCAGAGUGUCCUACCAUUCCAGAAUGUGAAAAUGGGCCCUGAAGACAAAUGGUACCUGAAGUCACAGCAGCUCAAGGAGCACCAAAACAAGUGGUCCCAGAGAAAUAAAAUAAAAUCCAACCAGAGUCUCAAAGGGGGAGCUUUCUCGCGGAGUGAUAACCAACAGCCACCAGGAAGACUAGCAGAACCAAAGCCUCGGCAUCACCAAACGUCAGAAUUUCGGACAGCUCCCACACAGGCAGUGGAGCAAGACAACAGCAGCGCACCGCAGAAAUGGCUGUGCCCAAGUCUUUCUGUUGGACCUGACACUAACACAGCAGCAAAUUCCAAAAAUAGCUUAAUAAAUUUCCCAAAUCCGAGACAUUUUGUUAAUCAGGAUUUUACCACAUCUACCUAUCCUAUUCACCCAACACUACGUAAAUUUAACCCAGCAGAGGUUAUGUCACCAGCAUAUACCAGCAACGAGACCAAGAAACACCAGCAUCAACUUCCAAAUGGACUUCCACAUGACCAGCAACGUCUAUACAAGCAUGAUACUGCGCAGGUUUUUCUAAGAGAUGGCAGUACCGGUGGUCAAGCAUAUCCAAAUCGGAGGAAUAUUUCAUCUACUUUUAAUGCUAAUUUUCAAGAACUGGUAAAGGAUCGUGUAUCACUUCAGGAUUGCAAGAGGCACGAUUAUGCACAAAAAAGCUAUCACAACUAUGCUGUCAGUAGUUUAAGGCCUUCCCGGUCACCAGCAGCCCCUUCUACAGCCUCCCAGCUUACACCAACCAUGGAGCAACAUCACCAAGAAAUGUCUCAUCCUAAAGAAGCUCGCUUAGCUGAUGACAGGCACUUGUUCUGCCCGCUUCCACCUAUAAUUCUACAGGCCAGAAGUGAUUCAGAGGUGGAUCCAAAGAGAGGUGAAGGAAAUCAAGCAAAAAUAAACCGAAGCAACUCUGAAGGUUAUCUCAUGCAAAUGGAAAAGCAAAAACAGCCUAAAGUCUACAAGAAGCCGUAUAGCUCAAAGGCCUACAUGAAUCUGGAUGUGAAGCUUGGAGGCCUGGGACCUGACUAUGAAGCCAUCAAGGAAAAAAAAGAGAAGUUAAAGCAACAAAAGGAAUAUGCAAAGCAAAUAAAGGAACACAACAUGAAAAACAUUGCUUUGGUUCAGAGGUUACCUACAAAACCCCAGGUCAUAUCUUCAGUGUCAAGACAGAAGGCACUGGAAUAUGCUAAGAAGAUUCCGAGACCAAAGACUUUCACAGCAAAACAAUCAGAUGAAGAGGUGAAAGAGGAAAGAGUUCUGCCACCAACUUUAAAAGGAGACAGUUUACCUCAAAUUGCAUCUUUGGAAACUUUACAAAGCAGACACGAGAAGGAGAAGCAAGUUGUAGCUGCUUUCAGAACCCUUCAUAUCUUAUAAGUGUUUUGAAAUGAUUACAGAUAUCUUCAAAGCAAAAAUAUCUGAACUGUUUAAUUACGAGCUAUAACCACCACAUAUUGAUUUACCAUUCCAUUCAAACAUAAAGUGGCUUAAGUUUAAUGAAUUUUGAAUUUUAGAAUCAUUCUACUGUAUCUAAUUUCUAAAAACAUAAACACUUACAUAUGUAGCAUUUUAAAUGUGUUUUUGUUUGUUUGUUUGUUUUGGUUUUUUCCUUGAAAUGAACUGAUCUAGCAGUUGCAUCUUUGAGACUAAUCAGCUAUUGGCUUGUCAGAGCUGGGUCUUUUUUUAGACAUGUCAAACAUACGAGCAUAUCUGUAAAACAUUAAAAAUAAUCACCAGCUUCAUUUGAUGAUACCAGCGAUGUUUCUCUUUUUUAAAGUGCAGACGAGACUUUGGCAGACUAUCCAGAAAUAAAGUCAAAUCCAUUACUGGUAAGAAAGAGAACAAAAUUGUGCAAACACAUCAGUUGGUAGUGAUACAAUUCUGAUUAUUCAGCUGUUACUCUGUUAUGUGUUAGUGAAUCAUUGUCACAGCAAGACCAAAAUUUUGAAGCUUCAUUUGGGACAGGAAAAUAUGAAGCAAGAACUGGCUGUUCAUACAGACAAUCUGGUAUUAGCCAGAAGCAGUUGGAAAAUAUAUUGAGUAACUAAGGAUAAUUGAGAGCUACAUGUUUGAGAGGAAGCAGCUUUUAACAGAUUAAAUCUAUAAAAAUAACAACCAACAGAUGGGUUUCUUAUGAUGGUUCUGUUUCUUCAAGUUAGUAAAUUAUGAAUUAAGUCAACAUAUGAAAUGUGAUUAGAAAACACGGCAAGGGAAUUUUGAAGAAAACACUACGAUCUCUUAGAAAAUAGGCUAGCUUAAAAAAAAAACAAACUUGUGAAUAUGUGUAAUUGCUUUAUCUGAUUUAUUAAGUCCUGUUUUGUAUGUGAGGAGAGAGAAUUAGUCUAUGGGCUAAAGGUAAGGUGGGGAAUAAAAG